AUGGCUAAAUACAUGUAUGUCUUCAUCUCCCCAUCAAAUGUCAUUGAAGAAAAGCUAACACUGUCGCCUAAGCUAAGAAAUUUAAUUGAGGAUGAUAGCAACUUGGAGGAAUUUCAACAUGGUGAAUAUAUCGAUGACACCAAGAAGUGUCAGUUAUGUGAUGCCACCUGCUACAAGUGCAAUGGACCAGAUAAAAAUCAGUGCAUUAGUUGUGUGUCAACAAGGUAUUUUGAUUCAGGCUCUUGUGGGAUCUCUUGUUCCAAAGGGAAGUUCCCUUUGAAUGGACAGUGUCAUCUGUGCCAUCAUACCUGCAAAGAGUGCAGCGGCGGAGAACCUCUCAACUGUACAGCAUGUGGGCAAGAUAAAUUCAAAAACGUUCGCUACCUCUUUCAAGGAGAAUGCAGAGAAGCUUGUCCUGUUGGUUAUUAUCCUGUUGGGAACAGCUGCCAUCACUGUUCUGAGAACUGCGAGGUGUGCACAGGAGCAAAUAAAUGCAUUAAAUGCUCCUUAAACUAUUUUCCGUCAGAUGGAAAUUGUGUGAAGUUAGAAUGUGGAGAAGAAGAUCCAAGGAAUUGCUCAUCCUGUAUGCAAGAUUUCUACAUGUUUAAAUCAAGAUGUUACAAAAACUGCCCUGCAAAAACCUACACAGUGGAAGAAUCAAUGGAGUGCAAAGAAUGCCAUGAAACCUGCCUCAGCUGUGAUGAAAACCAGUGUUAUUGGUGUGAAGAUGGCCUGUUUCUUUCUGACAACACUUGUGUUAGCGAAUGUGAAGAAGGAUUCUAUGGUAAUGAAGACAACCAGGAAUGUGAGCCUUGUCAUCACAGUUGUAAAGCAUGUGGGGGUCCUCUUGCAGAUGACUGUAAAUCUUGUGACACGACUAAAAAGCUGCUAAAUGGAAAAUGUCAGAUGGGUAAAGUGUGCAAAGAUGGAGAAUUUUCUUUGGAUGAUGGUAGCGGAUGCAAGAAAUGUGAUCAAUCAUGCCAGACAUGUACCAUAUCAUCAAGUAACUGCACUUCUUGUCGACAAGGAUUCUUUCUGACAAAUGAACUCAUCUGUGUCCCAGUCUGUGCAAAGAAAACAUUUGCUAAUGCAAGAACUGGAAAAUGUGAGGACUGUUCAGAGGGUUGUGAGCAAUGUUCAGAUAAGAACAGCUGUCAGAAAUGUCUACGAGGGAAAAUGCAGCUCUAUUUGCACAACGGAAAGUGUGUGCGUCAGUGUCCAAGAGGUUUUGUUGAGGAUGAAAGCAACUGCAUUUCCUGCAGCUUGAACUGCAAAAUUUGUGAAAACAGUCACACAAACUGUCUGGCGUGUAAUGACCCUUAUGUACUCUAUGAAAACACUUGUGGCAUCACAUGUCCUGAGGGCCACUUUGAGGAUGGUGGAAUCUGUCAUCGAUGUCCUGUAGGCUGUCUAAAGUGCAAUAAAGAUGGCAUCUGCACAGAGUGUGAAGAGUAUUUUUAUAUGCAUCAAGAUAAAUGUGUCGAAGAAUGUCCCACACCCUUUUUUGUGGAUUCAAAGUCUGCUUCAUGCCAGCCAUGUCAUCCGGACUGUUCAAUAUGCAGUGGUCCUAAUCCAAAUGACUGUGAGAAAUGUGCCGACCCUGAAUCUGUCUUAUUUAAAGGAGAGUGUUUUUCACAUUGCCCAGCUGGUUCCUUCUAUAAUAUGGAAACUGAAGAUUGCCAGGACUGUGAUAAAACAUGUCAAACAUGCAAUGGACCGUAUUCUUCAAAUUGCAUAAAAUGUCAAGAUGGAAUGGUGAAAAAUGAACACAGUCACUGUGUCAGCCACUGGGAUUGUCCUCUGAGCUCCUACCAAGACCAGAAUGGAAACUGCAGGAAAUGCCACCGAUCCUGCCAUCUGUGUACAGGACCGACACAACACGAGUGCCUGAGCUGCAUUGAAGACUACUUUUUACUUAACAAAAGCUGCAUCACUCAGUGCCCACAUGGAUUCCACAGUGAUCCAGACAGACGGCACUGUGUCCCUUGUCACAUCAGCUGUGAGACCUGUAAGGGAAAAUACAGCUCUCAGUGCCUCACCUGUAAAGAGGAGCUCUUUAAACAAGGCGGAGAGUGUGUAAAAGAGUGCAAACCUGGGUUCUAUGCAAAUAUUUCUUCUGGAUCCUGUGAGGUGUGUGAACCAAGCUGUAAAGAUUGCACAGGGAGUGAGCGUACAGAUUGUAUCACCUGCCAGAACAACUUCUACUUUCUGGAAUACCAGAAGAGGUGCUAUCACACCUGCCCAAAAGGUUAUUAUAAAAACAAUGUGGAUAUGACAUGUGUGAGAUGUCACCCAACGUGUAAGACCUGUAAUGCUAAAGGCGCACUUGCUUGUUCUUCUUGCUAUGAUGGUUUCACAUUUGUGCAAGGAAUCUGCGAGUCCAAAUGCCUAGCUGGAGAAUACGCAGCUGUUGAGGAGCCUGAAUUGCUGUGUGUCCAAUGCCAUGAAAGCUGCGUUGAAUGCAAAGGAGACGGACCAAACAACUGCACCGUAUGCCCUGCAAGCUCCUUGAUUUCUCUUGAGGAACACCGCUGUCUGCAUUGCUGCGCUUCAGAUGUGCAAGAGCUUGAGGACUGCUGUAACUGCAGUGAGACACAAGAGGAGUGUCUUGUGAGGCCUCGCAUUAUUCUACAACAUGCUGAAUAUGCCGGUAAACCAGCUCUCUUUGUUACAUCUGCAGUCUUUUUGAUUCUGGGAAUCGGAGCUGCCAUAUUUUUGUUUUUGACUUCAAGAUCUAAAAAGCAGCAGAAAGUGAAAUCAGGCUAUGAGAAACUGACCAAUAGUGAAAAAACGUACGAGUCCACCAAACCAAGCAGUGCAUACCGUGGGGAUCACGUGAUUGAGUAUCAUGACCCUGUGAAAGAGGAAGAAGAUGAUGAUGAUGAUGAUGAAGAUGACAUCGUAUACAUGGGGCAGGAUGGCACUGUUUACCGUAAAUUUAAAUAUGGACUUUUGGAUGAAGAUGAUGAUGAUGAACUAGAAUAUGAUGAUGAAAGCUAUUCAUUUAGAUAGAGAUGGAUGAUAAACUUACUGUAGGUUUCUUUUGCUUAGUCUAAAUAGGAACUAAUUGGUUUGUGUAAUUAUUAAGUCUUGAUGGCAGUACUGUAAUAGCAAAAUGUGAAAGGAAUGUCUAAAGUUGAUCAUCCUCAUGCCAGUGGCACAAUACUUUGACCCACGAGUUACUGACGCAUAUGAUGAACUGAAGUACAGUAUACAAUCUCAGUUGUGAGGAGGCAUACUUUUUUUCUAAUUAGCUGUAAACAGUGUUUUAAUUUAUUUAAAAUUGUGUGGGGAAAUUUGUUUAAAAGUAAGAAUCUCUUAAAAUAAAAUAAUUUUACCUGCAAAUUACCAUUAACAUAUUGACAGUAAUCACUACAAAUGUCUGACUGUUCAUUUCAAAUAUUUAACUUCCAUUUCCAGAACCAUAAACUGUAUGUUUAUGUGUAUUAGAAAAUAUGAUCAGCUCAUCAUUUAUAACACGGCCAUUUCUUGUGCCAACAGUUGCCAUCAAGUGCUUUGUCAGACACUGAUGAUGUGUAUCCUGAGGUCUUUUUGCACACACUAUAAAUGCACCUUGUAGCCCUCUAAAAAAUAAUAAACUAAGAAGCCAUAUCAGAAAUCAAAAAACAUAAACCAGCAAAAAUAUAAUAGUAGAUUUGGUAUAAUAAAUGAAUGCUCUUCAUUCCUCUAGUGGAGUUCAGGUGCUACUCCUCAUAUUUCCAGGUCUGUGCUAAUGUAAUUUAAUUAUUAAGCAUAUUCCCAUUGAAGAGUUCAGCUUUAUAUGCAAUAAUUAAGUAUGAAAAAACAAAAUGCAAUAUAAAUACACAACUUUUU